ACUAUCAUGGUGGAGACUUGCUGUUAUGCAUUUGUCCAAACCCAUUGAACGUACAACACCAAGAGCAAUAUAGUUUGAAUAUUUGCCCCUGCCCAAAUCUCCUGUUAAAAUGUAAUCCUCGGUGUCAGAGAUGGGACCUGGUGGGAGGUGUUUGAAUCAUGGGGGAAGAUCCCUCAGGCAUGGCUUGGGCCAUCCCCUUGGUGAUAAAUGACUUCACACAAGCUGUGAGUUCACACAAGCUCUGGUCAUUUAAAACUGCGUGGCUCCUCCCUCCGCACUCUCUCUCUAUCCUGUUCUGGCCAUGUGAUGUGUCUGUUGCCCCUUCACCUUCCACCAUGAUUGGAAGCUCCUUGAGGCCUCCCAAGAAACCAACCAGAUGUCAGCACCAUGCUUCUUGUACAGCCUGCAGAACUGUAGAGGAAGAAGAACCCACUGGAUACAUUCGAUUCGAAAAAUUUCUCCCAGUGAUGACAGAAAUACUACUAGAAAGAAAAUACAGACCAAUUCCAGAAGAUGUCCUUCUUCGAGCUUUUGAGGUUUUAGAUUCAGCUAAACGAGGGUUUCUUACUAAGGACGAGCUGAUCAAGUAUAUGACCGACGAAGAUCCUGAAUUCCAGCAAGACAGCCAACACCAAUCAGUUUGAAGACCCCCACAGAGGAAUGUGGUCAGCAUGAAAAUACAGCUUCAUCUCCCUCUCCCAUGACUCCACCCUGCACACUUUGACCAAUCAACCAUCUCCACACUCCAGUCUCCACUCCCAAACCCUUAAAAACCCCAGCCCCAAAUUCCUCAGGGAGAUGGAUUUGACGUUUCCUCCCAUUUCCUCCUUCGGUGACCCUACGAUGAAACCUCUUUCUCUGCUACAACCCUAUGCCUCGGCGCGUUCACUAGCUGGUCCCAUCCGGCAAUGGACCCAUCGUGGUUACCGUGGCUGGCCAAGCCUGCUGUGCUUCACAGACCCCACUCAGGAUCACACCACUUAGUUCCAUUGUUUGGAGACGCCAUGCUUACUUAUCCCUUCAUCAGCUGAUGAGCAUUUGUGCUGUUUUCACUUUUUGGCUAUUAUGAAAAUGUUGCUAUGAGCAUCCGUGAUAUUCGCCCAUUUAAAAAAGUGUUUUUCACCAUAACUGCUGUGGGAAAUUUCUCCCUGGCUCUGUCCUUUCUUUGUAGCCCAGGCUUCCCCCAGGUUUUGACUCUCCCUCUCUGGCUCAAGGUCAGCUCCUUGCCUCACCUUCUAGAGCAAUUCCACUCUCCCACCUCCUACUGCGGCAUUUCCAAAGCCUCUGCUUAGCAAGGGACCACCCAUUCCGCACCUCUCCCCUUAGGGCUGCAAGCACCUGCACAAACUUGGUGGUUUCAUAUGCUUCAACUCAAUCCAAUUCUCUCAAUUUUACGUCACCAAUCUUUUUAAGCCAAAGGGAAGGCAAAGAUUUGAUCUUCACAUCCCAUGAAUCACGACACCUACCUUAGAAGGCAGAAGCAACUAUAGUUGGAAGAGCAAUUGUCUUUUCAACAUGUGGAAUGAUGUCAAGGCUCUUUCCUCCCCAUACAUCCUGCCCUGUUAGUGGCUGGGGCUGAGGGCUUUCCCAGGAAGCCAGAUUGUCCUCACAAGUUCAGCAGGACCCUGGGGCUUCCACAGAUAGUAGGACUUAUCAGAAAGAAGUCUCGAUCCAGAUGCCAAGAGAGGGUUCUUGGAUCUCACCCAAGAAAGAAUUCCGGGGGGAGUCCAUAGAGUGAAGUGAAAGCAAGUUUGUUAAGAAAACAAAGGAGUAAAGAAUGGCUACUCCAUAGGCAGAGCAGCUCCGAGGGCUGCUGGUUGCCCUUUUUUUUUUUGAGACGGAGUCUGGCUCUGUCGCCCAGGCUGGAGUGCAGUGACGUGAUCUCGGCUCACUUCAAGCUCCACCUCCCAGGUUUAUGCCAUUCUCCUGCCUCAGCCUCCCGAGUAGCUGGGACUACAGGCGCCCACCACCACGCCUGGCUAAUUUUUUGGUUUUUUUUUAGCAGAGACGAGGUUUCACCGUGUUAGCCAGGAUGGUCUUGAUCUCCUGACCUCGUAAUCCACCCGCCUCGGCCUCCCAAAGUGCUGGGAUUACAGGUGUGAGCCACUGCGCCCAGCUGGUUACCCAUUUUUAUGAUUAUUUCUUGAUUAUAUGCUAAACAAGGGCUGGAUUAUUCAUGAGGGAAAGGGGUGGGCAAUUCCUGGAACUGAGGGUUCAUCCCCCUUUUAGACCAUAUAGGGUAACUUCUUGACAUUGCCAUGGCAUUUGUAAACUGUCAUGGCGCUGGUGGGAGUGUCUCUUAGCAUGCUAAUACAUUAUAAUUAGCAUAUAAUGAGCAAUGAGGACGACCAGAGGCCACUCUCAUCACCAUUUUGGGUUUGGUGGGUUUUGGCCGCUUCUUUACUGCAGCCUGUUUUAUCAGUAAGGUCUUUAUGACCUGUAUGUUGUGGUGACCUCCUGUCUCAUCCUGUGACUUGGAAUGCCUAACAGGCUGGGGACGCAGCCCAGCAGAUCUCAGCCUUAUUUUACCCAGCCCCUAGUCACUCUGAUUCAAAUGCCUCUGACAUGACCAUGCAGAUUUGAGAAACAGGCCCUCAGCCAACCAGACUCUGGCUCUCAGACACCUAGAGCUGUGAAAAGAACAUUACGGGUCAUAGUCACAAAUACCAGGGGUGCAAAGCUUCAGAUGAGAAGACACUUGUCAGACUCAGAGGCUCAUCCAACUCCAUGGAGAUCAUUAUCACCACAAGCUCUUCAGACACUUAUGGAGGUUUUCUAAGGGAUGUUUUUGUUUUCUGGAUUGCAAUUUUGUUUAGGAAGAGAUGAAAGUGAGGAUCAACUACUUUGAGGAUUGUACAACUGUAAAUUGCACAAAUAUGACUGCAUAUUUAUAUUUGCCUGCAUUUGUGAAAACAAACUUGUCAAGGAGCUUAUUUCUGGAAAGGGUCAAUGAUUCUAGAAAAAAUAAAAAAAGAUAAAUAUGAGACCCUUCAGGAAAAAGAAACUUACUCUAGGGAAGUUUUUUGUUUUUUUAAAGAAGCAGUAUUCACCCAUGUUUUUAAAAAGGAACGUGGAUUUCAACAAUAAUAUAAUGAGUAAAGCAUCUGUUUCGUUUAUGAAAUUAGACCUAUUAAAGAACAGAAUCAGUGAGGGUUAAGGUAGGGUGAGAGUGACAGGGAAAGAAAAUGGAAGGAAGGCCAGGCACGGUGGCUCACGCCUGUAAGCCCAGCGCUUUGGGAGGGCGAGGCGGGCAGAUCAUCUGAGGUCUGGAGUUCGAGGCCAGCCUGGCCAACAUGUUGAAACCCCAUCUCUACUAAAAAUACCAGUAUUUAGCCGGGCAUGGUGGCAGGCGCCUGUUGUCCCAGCUACUCGGAAGGCUGAGGCAGGAGAAUCGCUUGAACCCAGGAGGCAGAAGUUGCAGUGAGCUGAGAUCACACCACUGCACUCCAGCCUGUGCCACAAGAGCAUACCUCCAUCUCAAAAAAAAAAAAAGAAAGAGAAGAAGAAGAAAAUGGAGAGGAAAACAAAGACCGAGGCGCACCCAGGCCUUUGGAAAGUCAGGCUGUGACCCCAUGCAAGCAAGAGCCCUGUGUGUGGCUCCCACGGUGCCUGCCACAUACUAGCUGCUCAAUAAAUGGCUGUGAAAUAAUGCUGAUCACAAAGGACAGAAUGGGAAAGAUUAAGAGAGAGAAAAGGAAGUGUGGAGGAGUACAAGCAGAAAUAAUAACAGGCUGGGCACGGUGGCUCAUGCCUGUAAUCCCAGCACUUUGGGAGGCUGAGGUGAAAAGAUCAUUGAGGCCAGGAGUUUGAGACCAGCCUGGGUAACAAAGCAAGACCUUGUCUCUACCAAAAAGUAAAAAAAAAAAAAAAAAAUUAGCCAGGAUAGUGACACGCCUGUAGCCUGUACUUGGGAGGAUGAGGUGGGAGGAUCGCUUGAGCCCAGGAGUUCGAGGCUGCAGUGAGCUAUGAUCGCACCACUGCACUCCAGCUUUGGGCUAUAGAGCAAGACCACAUCUUGAAAAUAAAAUAAAAAAGAGAAAUAACAACAACCAAUUCCACUAAUGUAAGGCUUUUCCAUUUACAAAACCCUCGCCAUGACUUGAUUCUUAUAGUCAAUCCACAGGGUAAGAAAGAGCAUUUGUACAGAGAAAACAUAACAUUUAUGGUGGAGAAGUGAAGUCUGUCACCAGAGGCCACACUCCUGGGAGGUGGCAGGGCCAGUUCUAGACGAGGACUUCCAUCUGCCAGCCCCAUCCUGGCUGCACAACACCACGCUGCUUCUGUCUUCUGGAGGCACAGCCUCAAAAUCGGGCCAGUGCUGAGGGGCCUGGGGACAGGGCUGGAGAUGGGGCUCUGGGAGGCAACAGCACAGGGAAGAUUUUCGGAACCAUGAGACUGGUGAGACCAGCAAGGAGCGGCGGGGAGCACAGAUGGAGAAGAGGGGCUGGAGGACCGAGCCCUGGGUGCCCAUCCUUCGGAGGGCGCGGAGAAGGGACAGACCCAUGAAGGUGACUCAGUGGAAGGAAGCAGAGGGAGGGAGUGGGGAGUCCUGGGAGCCGCGUGGAGAGUGCAUCCGGGAGGGAAGGGGGCCACCCUGCCUGAUACCUAGUGAAAGCCCCAGAAAUAAAAGCUUGUUCCUGUUUUUAUUCAUGUCUUGUUGGGAGGAGGAGCGAGCAGUGAGUGUGGUAACAGCUAAAUUGUCAUGCACCACAGCGCAGAGUAAAGAGCUGAUGUCUCAAAUGGAUAGAUUAAGAAACAGCAGAGCAAGUGCAUUUAGACAAGCAGAGAUGAAUACCUCAAAAACCUCAAAAUGGUCACCUCAGAGGGGAGCAGGACAGGUGUGGAGGGGAGGGGCAGCCAGGACAGGGGAUUUUAAAAAAUAAGCCUUUUGAUAUUAUUUGCACAUGUAUUUCUUUGAUAAAGAAAAUUUUUUUAAUUUUUAAAUUUUUGUAGAGAUGGGCCCUCACUCUGUCACCCAGGCUGGAGUGCAGUGGCAUGAUCAUAGCUCAUCGCAGCCUCGACCUCCUGGACUCAAGUGAUUCUCCCGCCUCGACCUCCCAAGGUGCUGGGAUUACAGGCAUGAGCCACGCACCCAGCCUGAUAAAAAAAAAGCUUCCAAGGACACCAAAAGAGGGCUUUUGCACAUGCAAUUGUUUAAGGUGAUUGAUGAAUGGUUUUGGGGGGCUGAUUGCAGAGCCCACCAGGCUGCAGGGCUGGCGUGCACAUUCUCCAGGACCCCUCCUUCACACUCACUGUCCUGGACAUCUUCCCUGCACUGCUAGGACACCUCGUUGUUUGUUCACUAAGCUCUUCCCUGGCUCAGUGAGAGAAAAUUCAGAGGCCCCAGCAGCAGAGGAAUAACAGGCUCCAGUGGAGAAGGGACCAGGAAGGAAGUAAUUGGAAAUCUCUUCUUCCUCCCAGGUUCUAUCUCCUCUGAUCAUUCCCCACUGCUGAGGGUCGGUAGAAAGGGGGGUGACACACUCCCACCCUGUCCUUGUCACACUGUGAUCUCCC